AUGAACGAUCUUAACUCCACUUUACAAGCUCUCAUAUCCCAGUUGGAACCAUCUUCCACCCUCAGCAAUCAACCUGCAAGCUCCAAUGCACUUCCUUCUAAACCCUUACCUAACCCCAAAGGACGAAUCAAUGCCAUUAUUUUGAGGUCCAAAACCACACUGCAAGAGAGGAGUCAUGAGGAGCCAAGCUCAAAGGUAGAUAUCCCAGUUGAAGACAUUGUUGAGGUAGAGGACGUCGAGGAAGAGGAUGUAGUACAAGAAGUGGUUGAAGAAGAAGCGGGUCAACCAAGGAAUGAAGCACCAAGCAGCACUGAAGAUACUGAAGACGCCAUUCCCCUUCCAUUUCCACACCUUGCUAGGAAGCCCAGAAAGCAGAUGGAGCUAGACCCCAAAAUGGUAGAAAUAUUCAAAAAGGUUGAGAUAACUAUUUCCCUUUUUGAUGCCAUUCAGCAAGGUGUACAAUUUUUUGACUGCAUGUGUGAUCUAAGUGCGUGUGUGAGUAUUAUGCCAUUAUCUGUAUAUGAUGCUUUGAGGCUCCCUCCCUUAAAAAGAUCAGCAGCACGUUUUGUUUUGGCAGAUAAGAGCAUUAUAUCAGUGGCUGGAAUUGCUAAGGACGUGCUAGUGAGCAUUAAGGGGCUAACAUUCCCUGUUGACUUUUAUAUUUUGGGGAUGCCCCCUAAUGACUCAGGAAGACCAUCAUCCAUCCUGCUUGGAAGGCCAUUUUUGAAGACUUCAAGGUUCAAAUUGGAUGCCUUCUCAGGAACCUACUCUUUUGAGAUAGAUAGCAGAACAGUGAGCUUUAAUUUGGAUGAAGCUAUGAAGCACCCACCGGAAGAUCACUCAAUCUUCCAGUGUGACAUUAUUGAUGAGAUUGUGGCUGAAGUCCAUUAA